UGAGUAAGAAUUAUGUCUGUAUUUUGUAUUUAUAUUUACUUGCAUGAAUGUAUACAUGUAUAUAUGAAUACAUGUAUGUAUGCACUGACAAUUAUAUAGCUACAACCAUGUGUGCGAAUUACUAAAAUGUAUGAUACAAAUAUAUACCCUCAUCCUCUCAAUCAGAAACACACACACACACACUUAUAUAAGUUUUCAAGAUUUGCAGCAGAUCAGUUUAUAUUUUCCUGAUACAGUGUGCUAUCAACUAUAAACAGAAAUAUAAGAAUGGCUACAAAUGACCAUUACUUUAGAAUGAUUUCAUAUCGUAUACCUUCACAGAAUACAAAAUUGAAAAAUUCAACCAAGACCAGUCUAAUUACUGAUUAUUGGUUAAAGCCACAUAUGAAGAAUGACAAACCAAUGUGUCCUUGGUUGCUAAAGGGAUCUUCUGGAAAUAAUUUGCCUUUGUUCUGUUGUUCAGCUCCUUCUCUGUCACAUAUCAAGGAUCCUAAGAAACUUCAGUUAUCCCACACUCAGCCUAUUGGCUGCUCAGAGCAUACUCAUUCAGCUAAACUGAGUAAAGUAGACCUGCUGAAGAGGAAAUAUUGGUAUGAAGAACCGAAACCUGUAUCUGUCUCCAGCAAAUAUUCAAUGGGUGCAAAGAAUCACUUUCUUGGACUUUCUGAUGCCCCAAGGAGCUAGAAUUCUAACUAACAAUUUUUAAGAAGCAAUGUUGUUUAAUGAGAAACAUCCUUCCCUAAUAUUUAUGUCUGAUAAAUUCAUCAGUAUUCCUGUUUUGAUUAUGUGAACAACAUAUGCAUUGAUUGAUUGAUUGAUUGAUUCUAGUUUCAGCUCACGAGCUGUGGCCAUGCUGGGGCACCGCCUUUGUGUCAUACUUCCAAAAUUGAAGUGCUAUUUCACAUAAGCACACACACACACACACACACUGUCUCUGUCACUUUCACCAUCCCACUCACACACAUGAAAAUUACCAAG